AUGGGGAAAGCGGCCGCUCUGUGCCGAGGCGGCGGCUUCAGCGGCCGCUCCCGCGGGCUCUCCUCUCUCUUCACGGUUGUCCCCUGCCUGUCCUGCCACACGGCGGCGCCGAACAUGAGCGCUUCCACGCCCGGCCCCGGGCCGGAGCCCAAGCCUCAGCCCCAGCUAGUGCCCCGGCCCAGGCGGGAGCUGAUGUCAGAACAGGUGUCGGAGCCAGUUUCUGAGCGGAUGCCAAGAUCGGAGCCUGAGUCCAAGAUGUCUGUACCGAGGCCAGGGUUCAAACAGGAAUUAGAACUGCUGCCCGGGUUGGGGACAGGAUCAGGGCCCGGGCCAGAGUUGGGCUCAAGCCCAGGGGCUGGGCCCUUCACCAAGACCCCAUCCGAGCAGGUGCCGGCACUGGGGCCAGUAUCGGGGAGCGUGCCCUUGAACAAACUCGAGUCAGGGUUGUUGCCGGCAUCAAAGCCCCCACGACCAGGACAGACGAAGACAAAUCUUGGGGCUCCAAUGCCAGGGAGUGGCACAACUUCCACUGUCCCGGUGGUCUUACUACCUCUGGACAGCUUCAAAGGCUGGCUUCUCAAGUGGACCAACUACCUGAAGGGCUACCAGCGCCGUUGGUUCGUGCUCGGCAAUGGCCUCCUCUCUUACUACAGAAAUCAGGGUGAAAUGGCCCACACCUGCCGUGGCACCAUCAACCUGUCCACCGCGCACUUUGACACGGAGGACUCUUGCGGUAUCGUGCUGACCAGUGGGGCCAGGACCUACCACCUCAAGGCCAGCUCGGAGGUGGAGCGGCAGCAGUGGAUCACCGCCCUGGAGCUGUCCAAGGCCAAGGCUGUCCGAAUGAUGAGCAGCCACUCAGAUGACUCUGGGGACGACGAGGACGGGACUGCCUCCCCAGCUGACAAGAGCGAGCUACACGACACCAUCAGGAACCUCUCCCUGAAGCUGGAUGACCUCAGCAACUGCAAUGAGCUCGUGGCCAAGCAUGGCGCAGCGCUGCAGCGCUCCCUGAACGAGCUGGACGGCCUCAGGAUCCCCUUUGAGAGCAGUGAGAAGCUGAAGGCCGUGAACGAGCGGGCCACCCUCUUCCGCAUCACGUCAAAUGCUAUGAUCAAUGCCUGCAGGGACUUCCUGGCACUAGCAGAGACACACAGCCGGAAAUGGCAGCGUGCUCUGCAGUAUGAGCAGGAGCAGCGCGUCCAUCUGGAGGAGACCAUUGAGCAGCUGGCCAAGCAGCACAACAGCCUCGAGCGUGCCUUCCGCAGCGCCCCAGGCCGGGCCUCCAACCCCACCAAGAGCUUCAGUGAGGGAAGCCUCUUAACCACCAAAGGUGAGGACAGUGAGGAAGAUGAAGACACCGAGUACUUCGACGCCAUGGAAGACUCCACGUCCUACAUCACCGUGAUCACCGAGGCCAAGGAGGACAGAAAAGCUGAGAGUGGGACUACAGGCUCCGUGGAAUGGACCUCAGACAAUGUGCUAGAUGGCGCCUCACUUGUGCCCAAGGGCCCCCCCAAAGUCAAGAGGCGUGUCCGCAUCCCGGACAAGCCCAACUACAGCCUUAACCUCUGGAGCAUCAUGAAGAACUGCAUUGGCAGGGAGCUCUCCAAGAUCCCCAUGCCGGUCAACUUUAACGAGCCCCUGUCCAUGCUCCAGCGGCUGACGGAGGACCUGGAGUACCACCACCUGCUGGACAAGGCAGUGCACUGCACCAACUCCGUGGAGCAGAUGUGCCUGGUGGCGGCCUUCUCCGUGUCCUCCUACUCCACCACCGUGCACCGCAUCGCCAAGCCCUUCAACCCCAUGCUGGGCGAGACCUUCGAGCUGGACCGUCUGGAUGACAUGGGCCUGCGCUCCCUCUGCGAGCAGGUGAGCCACCACCCGCCAUCGGCUGCGCACUAUGUGUUCUCCAAGCAUGGCUGGAGCCUCUGGCAGGAGAUCACCAUCUCCAGCAAGUUCCGGGGGAAAUACCUCUCCAUCAUGCCGCUAGGUGCCAUCCACUUAGAAUUCCAGGCCAGUGGAAAUCACUACGUGUGGAGGAAAAGCACCUCAACUGUGCAUAACAUCAUCGUGGGCAAGCUCUGGAUCGACCAGACAGGGGACAUUGAGAUUGUGAACCACAGGACCAAGGACCGGUGCCAGCUGAAGUUUUUGCCCUACAGCUACUUUUCCAAAGAGAUGGCCCGGAAGGUGACAGGUGUGGUGAGUGACAGCCAGGGCAAAGCCCACUAUGUGCUGUCAGGCUCGUGGGAUGAACAGAUGGAGUGCGCCAAGAUCGUGCAAAGCAGCCCCAGUAGCCCCAGCUCAGACGGGAAGCAGAAGACAGUAUACCAGACGCUACCAGCCAAGCUGCUGUGGAAGAAGUACCCGUUGCCGGAGAACGCAGAGAACAUGUACUACUUCUCUGAACUGGCCCUGACCCUCAACGAGCACGAGGAGGGUGUUGCGCCCACCGACAGCCGCCUGCGGCCGGACCAGCGGCUGAUGGAGAAGGGCCACUGGGACGAGGCCAACACGGAGAAGCAGCGGCUGGAGGAGAAGCAGCGCGUGAAUCGGCGCCGGCGGCUGGAGGCCUGUUCAAGGGGCUGCGGUGCAGAGGAAGAGAAGGAGGCCGAGGUAUACGUGCCGCUGUGGUUCGAGAGGAGGCUGGACCCGCUGACUGGGGAGACGGCCUGCAUGUACAAGGGCGGCUACUGGGAGGCCAAGGAGAAGCAGGACUGGCACAUGUGCCCCAACAUCUUCUGAGCACCGCCCACUCCUGCAAAUACAGGCGCCUGCACAGACUGGUCCACCUUUUAUUUAAUGCACUCAAGUUAGUACUCAACAGCCCUUCUACCCUACCUUUCUCUCUUUUUUUUAAAUAACUUUCUGGGGGCUCCUGCCUUGGAAGGAGUAAGUGUUGACCCAGGUCCUCAACAGCCCCGGGGUGCCCCGGGUCUCCUGAGCCCCUUCAUCAUGGACUUGGGCCCCAUCCGAUCCCAGCUCCAGUCACCACAACUCAGGCAGGCUGGCCCGGGCACCUGGGCUGCCCCAGUCACCAGCCCCACCCAGGGAGGAACUGGCCUCUCCCAGGGAGCCACUUUUGACUUUUUUAGAAAAAAAUUAUCUCCAUUUCUUUCCAGCCAAGAUGUUUAGUAAAUAUUUUUAGUACAGCACUUAGUGGACAACUUUCUAAGUGUGCUUUCUUGCCACUAAAGUGUCCUGGCAAGAACCCCUUCUUUUUAAAACAUCAGAAAGCCAGACAUAACGCUUUGAGUGGGGAGCAUUUUAUAGUUUAAACAGCAAGGCCGUGUGUAUCUGAGCUGCCCGCCCUACAGGGGCCCAGGACCCUCCAGAGAAGGAGAGCACAAGUCAGUUGUCUCUGGAGCUACAGUUCCACCCACUGUGAGGGAGGGGACACUGAGGGGCCACCAUGUGGAUUUGAAGGCAACCGCCCCUGCCUAGCCUUGGCCAUAUUAGGGCUGCUCCCCAGCCCCUGAGAGGACAGGAACAGCCAUGGGCCAGACCUGCAGGUGCUCCCACCCCAGAACCAGGCCCCGAAUCAGCAAUAAGAACCAACAAUCGGCUUAGCCUGGGCUGGUGUCCUGGGCACCAGAGACCCGGCAUCCCACCUCUGGGGUGUCCCAUCUCAGCACCCCCUGAACUCUUUAUUUGCCUGAUUUAUAUAUAUGAUAUAUAAAUAUAUACAAAAUAGCUAUUUUGCUUAAAUUUCUAUGGUAUAGAGAAGUGAAAAAAUGAUGAAGACAGGGCACUGCUGUCUGAGUUUGACCCUCCUAUAAGCUAUGCCCUGCUCUCUCCUCAGACCCCCUUCCUAUGGCUUCUGCCAACCAUGGCAGGGAGGGGUGGGGAAGGGGGGGUUGGGACUGGGACUCUGUGGCCACUGUCCCAGCCCCUCAGAACUCCCACUCCAACCUUUUCCACUUCAGUUGGGUCCUGAAAAUUCAUCACAAGGUUUUACUUUCUACUCCAGGACUGGUUUUGUUUUUAUAAAAAACAAAAGUGAAAACACCAAUGUGUGAAAUGCCUUAGGGUGCCCACUGGAGAGCCGGGCCCACUGGGCCUGCAGCAGAGCUGUCCAAUGGUCCUCUUUUCAGAACUGUUUGUGAGUGAGCACCUUCUGACUGGUAAUAAAAAACUUGGAUUUGGA